UGAAAGAUUAGAUGAAGAACAGGUAAAGAUGGAAGACGAUUUAGGUGAAGUUGUUAGCUCACCUGUGCCUAACGUCGUCGACUCUUCACCAGAAGCUAGCGGACGACAAGAUGAUGGAAAGGCAACAAAUCCACGAGAUAGAUCCAAUGCAAUGAAAGUUGAUUGUGGAAGGUCUCCAGGAUUUGUUCAAGACCAUGACUUGAAACUAAAGAGCACUGCAUCAGAUUCAACUGCAAAUAGUGACGUUGACCCAACCGUGGGGUUCUGUAAAUUCUCAAACCAAUUCAACAACUGCUGGUUCAACGCCACAAUGCAGGCCGCCCUGAAUCUGAAGUGGGUAAAAGAAAAACUUUGCCCAGAAAAGAAAGAAUACUUUCAAGAUAUAUCCCAGAUACAAGCAUGUUCAAAUCUGUUCUUGAUUGGCCUUUACCACCCUGGUAAACAAUUCAGCUCUUCGUCAAUCUCCAUCCCUUUGGUCGAAGUGAGUCUUCUGAAAGCUCCACUAAAUCUGACAAAACCAAAAGUGAUUAUAGAAUUUGCUAAAGAACUGAUGAUGUGGUUAGACAAGUGUGGGGUUCAGUCAGCUCUGCAUGUCUACAACGUCACCAAGUGUAGAUUCUGCAAAUCCGUCUCGAAUCAUUCCAAAGCGUUGAGUUGUCUUUGUUUGCUGCCACCUCCCGAACCGAGGGACGGCAUCAACUCGCUCUUCAGACGCUGGAUCAAGGACUCCUGCCACAAAAACACAUGUGCAAUCUGCCAUUCAAAGGUCCCAGACGAGGUGGGUUUCAACAAACCCGACGUAAUCGUGCUGAUAGUACCAAGUGCCACCAAAGCAAAGCCUAAAGUGGACGUGCUCUCAUCACAGUACUUGUAUGUUCCCGUCGAGGGAGGGGUGCAAAUCUACAAACUGUCCGCGGUCAUUUGCUCGACAAUCGUGUCUGCAGACACUAGUCAUUACUACACCUAUGUGAAUCUGAAGGACAAAAUCAUCAAGUGUGAUGACAGCAGUGUUACCAUUGAUGACGGCUCCUCAGAGGCUGACAUUGAGAAGAAUGGCUUCAUCUACUUCUACGAAAAUAUGUCUAGAAAAAUCUAAUUGUUUGACGUGUCUGUAAAAUAUGUGAUUGCAUGCCAAAAAAAGGCAUUUUAGAUUAAGCUUAGCUUGUUUAGUGUUUAUUUUCUGCUUAGCUUUCUGCAGAUUAUUGGUAGGUCUUUAGCAAAUGUAAAAAAUAGUAGGCUUUUACAUUUUGUGUAUUAUUAGAUAAUAUUGAUACCAGCACCAUGGCAAGCUUUGCUUAAAAAAGCAAGUGUAGGGGCUGCUGGGUAAUGUGUAGGUUGUUUUAGUCAAAUCUUUUUUAUUUUUAAUUGAGUUUUAUUUCGGGGCUCAACCUCAAUAUUGUUUAGUAGUGUAGGAAAUUAAUUUGGCUUUGUUUGAUAACAAGCAACUUUUUAGUUUAGAGGAUAAAACAGGAAACAGUUGGUUUGUUAAAAAAAAAAAAAAAAAAAUGAAUGAGGGCCCCUUAGAACUGCUGGAAAUUUAACUAAAUUUUGUUCAUAUAUCUGUUGAUACAUACUCUAAAUGUAACACAAGAUUAUAACUGAAAUUGUUAAAAAAAAAAAAAGAAAUUAGAUAUAUGUAGGUAAACAUAUGUAGUAAGUAAAAUAGCUAAAUAUGUUUAAAAAAAAAAAUAAAAGCAGUGGGAGGUUGGCGCCAGUGUUCGGCAGUGGAGCCACCACCAGUGUGUGAAUGGGUGAAUGGGUCUGUGAUUGUGAAGCGCUUUGGGCCCUCGAAGGAGGGUAGAAAGCGCUAUACAAGUAUACACCAUUAACCAUUUACCAAUUUGAACUAAAAAAAAUAGAUAUAUGUAGGUAAACAUAUGUAGUAAGUAAAAUAGCUAAAUCUAUAUGUUUAAAAAAAAAAAAAA